AUGCGGGUUUCCCUCACUCGUCUUGCUCAAUCAGUGGGCACCAAGCCUCUCAAUUUAAGAGAAGCAAGCGCAACGCUCCUACCACCUACACCGUUAUAUCGCCGAUUGCUACGGGUGCAUCGCAAUCUACCCACUGAGAUGAGAAUUCUGGGAGACGAUUAUGUAAAGGCUGAAUUUAAACGACACCAAAAAAUAGAUAACCCAGUACACAUUAUUGGGUUCUUGUCCCAAUGGAAGAUGUAUCUCGAUCAAAUGGAACAACAGGCCAAUUCGGCUGGAGGAUUUGAGCGAUUCACUGGAAGGCGAAUGGAUCCUACUGUUUUCGAAAAGAUGUCAAGCGAACAAAUCGGCCAAUUGUACGAGUUGAUGCAUGCUACAAAGGAUAUUUGGAAGCCUGUUGAAACUUUGGAGGCAGAGGCGGAUGCUGAGAGGGGUCAAAAGUCGUAA